AUGGAUGCUCUCAGCGCGCCAUUCAUGCCGCUCGAAGCUGCGCCGGACGGGCGCAAAGGGAAGGGCAAGAAGCGCCGGGAAGCGGCGGAAGCUCCAAAUGGGGCAAGUGACGCCGAUGCAAAGCGCGCCAAGCAGGCGGACGCGGGGCAGCAGGGCGGGGGGGACGGCGGGGGAGAAGCGGCGCAGCCCCUGGGGGAGUCGGAAGAGCAGGCGCAGACGCAGGCGGUGCAGUUUGUCGGGUUGCGGAGCGUGCGGAGAAGCAAGGAGCAGCAGAAGGGGCGGGAGCGGGAGAAGCGGGAGCGGUACGCGGGCGCGGGGGCGAAGGCUGGCGGGGAGGCGCGCGUGGGGGGCGGGAAGCAGCGGCGGAAGAAGGCGGUGAAGUCGAGCGUGGUGUACCUGGGGCGCCUGCCGCACGGCUUCUACGAGGACGAGCUCCACGGUACGCGCGCCCGCACGCGGGCGCAUGGGGAGAGGGGCUCGGG